AUGAGGGAGAAAGAAUGGUGGAAAUGGGGGAGGGAAGCAGGUGUGGUUGAAGGGAUGAGACCUUGGUUUGUUGGUGUUGGGUGGUAAAUCCCUAGUCCAGAGUGCUGGCUGAUCCGUAAGUGAAAGGCUGUCCAUCACUUUGAGUACCCAGUUUGCUUUAUAAACCAGUUCAAAUUCCUCAUGUUACCCUCAUCCCUGGUGGUUCUAAAUUUACUUCUUUGUUUUCUCUCAUUGAACUCCUCUUGUGCCACUACCUUUAAAGGGAAACAGAGGAUAGUCAGCAGGUCAGAAACAUCUGUGGAAGGAGUUGAUUUUUCUGACCGAAGUCCUAUGAAAGAAUUGCAUAUUUGAAUCUCUCCAAUCAGGUUUCUGCUUCUAUGUCAUACCAAAGCAGCUUUAAUCAAGAUCACCUAAUGACGGUCUAGCUUGAGAUAAAGGUAGUACAAGAAUAAAGCUUGGAGCAAUGCCAGAUUCUCCCGCUGAUGUUAAAACUCAGUCCCAGUUGACACCACCAGCGAUGCCACCACCACCUCCCACCAUUAUACAGGGACCUGUUCGAAACAUUUCCUUCUCUCCUACAACCACAGUGAUGAAUGGGACCAGUCACUUGCCAACUGCAAUCAAUGGAGCUCCUUCUAUCCCCAAAGGGCUCAGCGAUGGUCCUGCCAACUCAACCACUGCCUCUCUUACCAAUCAGCAGUUGCCUCCCACUUGUGGAGCCAGACAGCUCAGCAAACUGAAACGCUUCCUGACUACACUGCAGCAGUUCGCAAACGACAUCUCCCCAGAAAUUGGAGAGCGCGUUAGGAACUUGGUGUUGGGACUCGUGAAUUCUACCCGGACUAUUGAGGAGUUUCACUCAAAGCUUCAGGAGGCAACCAACUUCCCCUUGAGGCCUUUUGUCAUUCCUUUCCUGAAGGCUAAUCUACCACUGUUACAACGAGAACUCUUCCACAGUGCUCGGCUUGCAAAGCAAACGCCAGCUCAGUACCUGGCCCAACAUGAACAGCUGCUUCUAAAUGGCAAUAGGAGCUUACCUAUCGACUCCUCUGAAAUCCUGCUGGAAGUGAAUGAAAAUGGUAAACGAAGGACCCCCGAUAGGACCAAAGAGAAUGGGUUAGAUCAUGACCCAUCACACGCAGAACACCUCAGUAAAAGGCCGUGCACACUCAGUCCUGGGCAGUGUUUUAGUCCCAGCAACAGGCUCGGACACCAGUCUAAUGGGCUGUCGCAUCUGGCACCACCUCAACUACAGCACUACCGGUUGGAGGACAUGGCUGUAGCCCAUCACUACAGAGACCCUUACCAACAGCCAGAACACAAGGAGCUCAGAGAUCGGCACCGGCCUGCUGCUCCAGGAGUCCAUGGAACUCAGCAGGAAGAAGUAAUUGAUCAUCGUUUAACGGACAGGGAAUGGGCAGAGGAAUGGAAGCACCUGGAUAAUCUCCUGAAUUGUAUAAUGGAUAUGGUGGAGAAGACUCGUCGCUCAUUAACUGUGCUGAGACGUUGUCAGGAAGCUGACCGAGAAGAACUUAAUCACUGGAUCCGCCGCUAUAGUGAUGCUGAAGAUAUGAAAAAAGAAGUACAUGGUGAGAUGCCACACAGACGGACACAAAGUUACACACGGGAAGAGAUCUGGAAGAAAGCUGAAGAGGCGGUGAAUGAAGUGAAGCGCCAGGCCAUGACAGAGUUGAAGAAAGCCGUGUCAGAGGCAGAGCGCAAGGCCCAUGAGAUGAUCACAGCUGAGCGAGCAAAGAUGGAGUAUGCACUGAGUGAGGCCAAGCGGCAGGCUUCUGAGGAUGCACAGUCUGCCGUUAACCAACAGGAGGACUCCAGUGAGGCCUCCCCCAUCCACACAGCCUCCUGGAGCCGGGAGGGCAAGGCAGACGAGCCUGCAGACAUAUCCACCAUUGCCAAGGCCACUCCGUGUUCAUCUGACAGGAGCCGCACUCACUGUGGGGUCAGGCAGAUGGCCUCGGUUGCUCCUCCCUCGGAGAGUUGCUGGAAUUGUGGUCGGAAAGCCAGCGAAACGUGCAGUGGUUGCAACACAGCCCGUUACUGUGGCUCCUUCUGCCAGCACAAGGAUUGGGAGAAACAUCACCAUGUCUGUGGGUUGAAUGCCCAAGGCCCACAGUCUACUAGCACAGCCACCAGCUCGUCCUCUGCUGGUUCUGGCAGCCAGGUCCAGCCAGAUGUUGUUCCCAGUGGUGGGGUUGAAUGCCCUGGAGAGACCGGAUCUGUAAUCACCUCCCGCUGUGUCUCUCCACCCACCCCAAUCCCAGUCGAAACUGCCUCCCACUAAUCAACAAUGCAACUUCUCAACUACCUGAAGACUUCAUUUGAACUGACCUCUGAAUGACCUCUCUUCACUUGUUAAUCCUGGGAGUUUCAACAACCUCACUCAACCUAGAUGAGACAAAGAAAUCCAUCUGCAUUUUUUAAAAUUCAUUUUUGGUCGUUUACCAAACGUUCCCUCUUCCUCAGUGUCACAGGUCUGAACAUUAUCUGGAGAUUUAUCUCCUGACCACAGACUGUGAUGAACUGUUUGGACAAAGACUCCUUAAAGUUCAGCAAUAUCCCGCAUUUGGUUAGAAUGAGGGAAAUUUCUAACUUGGAAAAGACAAAUAUGCUGCUUUAAAAAUUCCAAAAAUACUCACUUGGACACAGCCCACACCCCAGGUCACCACACUCUUUACUCUCCCACCAACUGCUCCAUCCUACUGAGCUGUCACCCUUCGAUUCUCCCCCGACCUUUCUCUCCUUUGGACAUCCCUCCCCUUACCUCCAUUGCCCUUGGAAUUCCACCCCCAACCUUUCUUCCCCUUGGCCCCAGCCCCCAAAGACAUUUCUUCCCCUUGGAAACCUAUCCCCUUCAUCUCCCUUGUCCAUAGAUCCCCUUCCAACAUUUCUUGCCCCUGGAUUCCCCACCCCCCCAAUCCUUUGUGCCCUUGAAUCCCCCCCUUUUGCCCACAGACCUGCCCUCACCUCCCUUGCCCUUGGGUCCCAGCCUCAUGGUGACCCACUGUGCGUUCCAGAAAUUCACAUUUGCUCUAACAUACACUCAUCAUUACCGUUAAACAAAGGUAUGAGGUAACAGAUCCAUUCAAGGCACAUGCCAACAGACACAUUGUUCACAUUCACACAUGAAGGAGCACUCCAUACUACUUGCUAGCCAGCCAAGAAGAUACCAGAUGCACCUCGGCGCCACUAUAAACCCAAAAAUUCUCCAUGCCCCAAAUAGUGUUGCACUGCCAGUCACUCAUGAAAGAGGAGCAGCAUUUUGAAACUCUGAGCAAGUGUUGAGCCCUCAGCCAUGGUGCUCCCACACCAAAGGCACCAGCCCUCUGGGAGAAGCUUUCCAAAUUGGGCAGGGCUCCUGUCUUUCUGUGAAUUUACAGAUAUGCUGGUUCAAAUAAUCCUAAAGGCUCGAAGUUACAGCAAAGCGUUGGGUAAAAGAGCUACAUGUGAAGAACCCACUCUCAGUGACCUCAUUGUACUGAAUACGAGGAAAAAGGUAUUAAUAAAUGACGAUCGUUAAUUUUUUAAAUUUCUUUUUAAGCAUGAAUGAAGUUUUGACUUGCUGCAAUCCUUUGAUUCUCUACCUCCCUUCUUUCUCGUUUUUGGUGGGGAUUGAUUCCUUGAGAGCAUCUUGAUGUACGAUACCCUUUGCUCUUGUAAUUGUUCAUUGUGAUCCUUCGUGAUGUUCAGAUGUUUCUUGAAUCAUGAGUUUUAUUUUUUCAUGCAUGAACUGAAUUCUUAAACAAAUGUACUGAAAGCCGACCCAUUUCUCCACAUCCCCUCCUUGAUCUCCUCAGUGCAGCACUGCACAUUUCCCCUCUCCCACCCCUUCUAUCCACGUCCUUCUAUUUUCCCAGAUCACUGUAACCCUCUCUGUCUCCUCUCCAUGGUGAGCAGUGGAGGAGAUCCAGCAGGCGCCACCUAUAGUGAAAACCAAAGCACCGUCUGGCUCUACAAUCUGGUUCAAAAAAAAGUUAUCACCUGGAAGAAAAGCUGAUUAACUGUUCAGUUUCAGCUCACCACAGAAACAUGCCAAAGCUUUGGUAUCAAGACCAAAAAACAAACAGGUCAGGCAGCAUCAAUCCUGAUUCAGGGUCUCAGUCCAGGACAUCAACCAUCCCUCUCCUUCACAGAUACUGCCUGCCCCACCGAGUUCCUCCAACAGUUUGUUUUUUGCUCCAGAUUCCAUCUUCUGCAGUCUCGUGUCUCCAUUUGGUAUCAAGAUGUUGGCUCCCUUGAUUGUCCUGUGUUUAGCCACAAGCAUGGCAACGCUUUAAAAAAGUGUUAUUUUCCUUGGACAGGCUGUUCUCUUAAUUUUGAAAAAACAUUCCCUUUGAGCGGCAGGGGAGGUUAUACCCAAGGGUUGGACUUGAGUUCCGUCAUUAGUAAGAACACAUGAAUACUUCACUUUGACCCACUGCUGUGAUGGGCUGUACCAUAGAUCAGCAUCAAGCCAGAGGGCUACCUUGCUCCAGAUUUUCUCAUUUCCCUAUGUGACCACUGUGGGUUUUCAAAGAACCAUCCCUAUAGCUACAUAUCUGUUUGUCCCACAUGCACUGAUUACCAGGGCAGUAAGUGGCUGAUUAUCCUAACAGACUCUGGAUAAUGCUGAUGGUUUGAAAAAAAAAAAUGCCUCCUUGUUCCCAUCCGAUUUUCACUCCCCCAUAGCAGAGCUCUUCAUCUUGGACACCUUCCUGAACAGGCCACCAGCUGCCCUGUGAAUGUGCAGUCAGUGUGUGUGGAUGUCCAUCAGCCACUGUGGCCAUUGUUGUUGAGGAGCACAAAGUGCACUGUUUUCCAUUACUGAUCACUCCAAACACACUGCUGCAGAGGGGCAGCAAGGUGACAACCAGAUAGAAACAAUUAUUACUUUAUUUAUCAUGUGAUAAGAAUAAUGUUUAUAUUUUUAUAAAUAUCUUAGAGAUAAUAUAUGAAUACUUCUGAUUUCUAUAAUAUGGCCCAUUUUCUGUUUCCAGCUUCUAUUACCACCCUCUUGUCUUUCUUCUCCAAAUCCCUUUACACCCUGAAGCUCACCAAUGACUGCAUGAAGCCACAGAUCUGUCCCCAGGUUUAUUGACUUAGAAUAUGGCCCCUUCAUCCUUACAUGCAAGGUUCCUGGAGAUGCUGUGCUGGGAACUGUGCCCAUACUGACUUCCAUCUGAAGUGUCAGCUGGAUUUUUGUGACAUCCCCAGAAUGGGCCUUGCUCAAGGCCUGCUGACAUGAAGGGUGAGUGGAUAUCACAUGCUGCUUCACCACAACCCUCCUCUAAUGUGCCUGGUCAGGAUGCUGAAUAAAAUCUCAGUAAUAACAAGGCCACACACCAAACUUCUGUCCCUAGCCUCGGGUAAUAGAACAGUAGGUCCAGUAAUAAAGCUCUCGAGUCAAGGAGGAUGCUGCUGAGGGAGAGUGGGAGCCAAUGAAUGUCUGCAACAACCCUGCCCAGUGGGUUACUCAAGGUGGGAGCACUUGGAGCUGCCCUGUAGAUCAGUGGAGACUGGACUGCCUCCACUUCGACUUUGGAAUGUCUCCUUGAUCCCAGAUUGUGCCAAGCACCAUGUUUAUUCAAACUCUUGCAUGGAGAAAGAAACAGGUUGUGAUCUGGAAUGUGCUGCCUGGAAGGGCAAUGGAAGCAGAUUCAGUAGAAAUUUUCAAAAGGGAAUUGAUGCUGAGCUAGCACAGGCAUGAUGGGUAAACUGGCUUCCUGUAUCCAUCAUUCUACAGCUAACGUCUACCUUGCAUCCUCUCUGGCCUGCAGUCUAAUCCUUUACCUUGCUGUCCAAAAUUACGUGAUAAGCAACAACAAUGACAGAUGCUAAAACAGGUUAACUUGCUUGUCUGAUCAUCUGCAGCAGAGGGAGAAUCCACAGAACAAACAGCGAAUCCACCUUCUGCUCAGCCAAAAAUAGCACUUUAAAAGAUAUUCUAUUUCCUUCUGCAGUCUCAUUUCCCCACCUUUCCUGCUCCAAUAGGCCAGGGAAUCCUCCUCUCCCCUCUUGAAAGCACUUGUGGUUUCAAUCCACACUGUUGCAGUGACCUACAGCCAUAUACAACUAAGUGGAGGCUAAACCUACUAGCUCAGUUAUAUGAUUGUCCACUGUUGGAAAUGUUGGUCAUCAGUCCAGUGCCUCCUGAGAAAGGUAAAACACACACCAGAUAAGGGUUCAAGAAGCCAAAACGGAGGGUCAGCGGGCCUGGGCCAUGGUCCACAAUGUCCCAGUCUGUGGCUCUCCAUUUUAUUCAGUUGUCCUGCUCAUUUAAGGCUUACUCAGUCUUGCAUCUGUCCCUCUCUCUCUCCAGCUGCUGCUGUUUGGUUGAGGGGAUGAAUGGUAGUGAUGAAAGUGUUGGUAUAACUAACAAAGAUAACAUUUCAGGAGCAAGCAAACCGCUGGGCAAGUGUGUUUAUCAUAUCGUUUGGGAACAGUGUCAGCAGCUCCUCAGUGGAUAAAUCUAAUGUAUUGAAUUAUUGCACAGUGAAUGUUCAAAGUACAGAAGAUGAGCAUUUUGUUUUACUCUUUCCCUGCCACUCCUGGAGUUCUGUAGCCAUUCUAGUAACAUAUUUGGGCAUGCUCUUCCCGACUUGGGCUUUCUGUGUACUGUUAUAUUCAGCUGUGAUUGUAACAUUGAAUCAGGUAUGUCUGUACUUAAUCUGUACCUGUGUAAUAAAAGAUUUUAAUAUCAGA